AUGGCGGGGUUGGGGGUUUGUUUUGUCUGGAUUAUCGGCUGUUUUAUUUACGCCUCUCAAGUUGAUCCAAGUGGAAUGACGGGAGUUGUGCCGGCUCCAUUUAUUCCCUCGAGAAAUGAGCAUGUCAUUGAGAAUGAUUUCUGCAAUGUUUGCAGAAUGGAUGUGUGAGUUGAUUUUGAUGAUAUUACUCCUUGAUCAUAGAAGAAAUCGUAUUUUAAAAUAGUAAAAAGUGAUUAAAAAACCUUUAAAAUCUUCAGCGCCCCUGGUACGAGGCACUGCCGGACUUGCAAUAAAUGUAUACCCGGGUUUGACCAUCAUUGCCAGUUUUUGAACAAUUGUAUUGGAAGACUGAAUUAUCGGUGAGUGAGAGAAUACCGUAGCUAUAGGUGUACUGGCCCGUUACUGGUUUAAAAAAUCGCCGGCAGUUUUCUUUGCAUAUUCAAUUUAUCCUUUUUGCACCGUGCAAUAGGCUUUUUUUUGGCUGUCGCUUGCACUGUCUUUUUUCGCACAGUGUCAAAGCCAAAAAUCAUGCCGGAGACUUUCUGGAAGGACUAGUAGUGUAAGGAACGGCAAUUGCGACUCUCUAUUUUCUUCAAUUUUUCCCAUUCUCUGGAUAGGUCGCGCAUCACUCUCUUAAAACUUCACUGACACUUUUCAAGCACGGCCAAGAUGUUUAGCGGUAAUUUUUUGAGAGAGUACGAAAGGCGAGGAGAGUCGGUCAGACGAAAAAUUGUCUCUAAUUGCAUGCGUUUUUAUCGGAAAAGAGUUAGGCUUUUGCAGAUGGUUCGACUUUUUUAUCACUGACUUUUUCAAGCCGGAAGAUGCAAAAAGCAGUCAUCUUUUUUGUCAUCCUUUGUCGUCAGAAUCUUGUUUUCAUUGUGAUAUCAACCUGUCGGGAAAAUAAUGUGGAUUUGACACAGUGAAAAGUCUCGCCUCGUCGCAGUCUGUCACCGAGUCUCCAGCCGCGGCUAGCCGUCGCAAAGCGAUGUUUGGCGAUUCCAUGUCGCGACGAAUCCACAUAAUCUUCCCGACAGACUGAUAGUUUAUUUCUGCCAAGUUUUCGCUAAAUCAAAGGGUAGCAAAUCCGUCACUUCAAUUUUUUUGAUGCCCUCUGGAUGAUACUGACACCAGAUGAUACUGAAAUAUUCUUUGUUGAUGAUUUCACUGUAAUUCCAGUUCCUUUUUAGGAUCUUUGUGCUUUUUGUGUCAUCAGUUUUCAUUGGUUCUUCAAUUGGCCUUUCUGUUUGUUUCUACGGCCUUUGCUUGUUCUUCCACGAUGAAACAAGCGAUAGUAAGUACCGCUUACCUUUUUCAAAAGCCAAAUUUAACUUUAGUCCCAUCAAAAUUUGAUCCCGAUUAUAUGGCCUUCAACAAGUUCACAUGGCUUACUUUAUGCCUAACUUCGGUGUUUCUAUUGGCAUUUACUGCGGUUUCAACAGUAACGUUGUUAGGAUUCCAUACAAUUUUAUGUUUUCAAGGGCUGUCUACGAUAGAUUACGUCCAGAAAAUGAGGGAUCGGAUGAAACAAAAGAGGUAGUCAGAUAUUUUUAAAUUUGUAAAGGGCCAAUCAAAUUUUAGAGCAAAACGGGUGGAAGUUCAUCCGGGAUACGAUGCUACCGGCUCAACCGGCGGCCAUGAUGUUCGUCAGGUGUGA